AAUCAUUGCGUCAGUGUCAGUGCCAGUUGCACCAAAUUUAUUGGAAAAGUGCAUAUUCUUCCCGAUUUAUUUAUAAUAUUUUUAAUUUUAACCAACUUUCUCAAUGUUUUCAAAACGACCUAAAGACGCAAUGACAGUGAUAUUGAAAAACUUCUCAACUCGGACAAUCUGAAUGUGAUCUUGGAACAGGAUGACCCCGAUUUAGUAUUAUUUGUAAAGUAUUGAAUUAUGUUUUUAGAUUUAAAAUAUGACAAAGCAUGUACUUCAGCUAAUCAUCUUUUAUUUAAUUGUAAUUUUAGGCAGAAUUACAUCUUCAAAAAAUCUGCUGCGGAUAGAAGCAUCGGAGAACAAUCUGAAACUCGACCAAGUAAACUUGUAGAAUAUUUACUUGGCCAAAACCUGGUUACAAAAGAUGUUUCCGAUUCCCGUUAUUUUGUAGAAAUUGGCGCAAAUGAUGGACUCCGUUUUACAAGUGCAUUCUACCUCGAGACGAAUUUGGGUUGGAGUGGAUUAAUUGUUGAACCAUAUUCAGUACCCUUUAAAGAAUUAAUGACUCGUCCGACUCACUCACAAAACAGGAUAUCAUUUUCCAAUACGACUAUUGCAAUGACACCGUAUGCCAGCAAAGAAAAAUUUCAUUACAACCCAACCGUUCCGUUUUGGGGAGGUUUAAGUUUUCGAUUUUACAAGGGGACCCAAAAACACAUGAAUGUGGUCACCAUUCCACUUUACACCCUCUUGCUCGCAGCAGACUCUCCAAGCAAGAUCGACCUGUUAAUUCUCGAUACUGAAGGUACUGAAUUGGAAACGUUGAAAACGCUACCAUUUGACAAGGUGGAAGUAUCGUUAAUUGCUGUUGAAACAUACAACGGAAAAGAAGGACCUUCCGCCGUUGAAGAAUUCUUAUUUGGGAAAGGGUACGAGUCUGUCGCCAAAAUUGAGGUUCCCCUCGAUCCAAAACUAGUUGAGCAGAUUUCUAGCAUCAUUGUAAGAACGGAUGUACACUCGGAAUACCAAAUUUUUAAACUGAAACAAAACUAAGAAAAUAAUUCCCAUUGGAGAAUUAAAUUUUAAAUUAAUUAUAUGUUUUCGCUGAGAUUUGUCAGUACGAAGGAAUAAAUUUUAUUAGUGUUAUAACCAAUUUAAGUAAAAUUUUCUCAUUCUAAGGGAUGUAAGGUUCAAUCAAAGACUGAAAAUUAGUAUCUACACGGUACGUGGAAAUAAGUACUUAACUUUCCCUUGGACCAGGCGAAGGGUUAAUAAAAAACUAUAAAUCAA